UAUCUGGAGUUCUGUGAUGAGAUACUGGUGUUGGAGAGUGGACAGAUAAAGGAGUCCGGGACACACAAAGCUCUGAUGAAAGCUGAAGGCCGGUACGCACAGAUGAUCAACAACUUCCAGACGGAGCAUUCCCAGGAACGAACUGAGGAGGAGCCGACACAACCAGACCCCGUGGACAGGAAGGAGAAUAACCUGGUUGAUCACAAGGGAAAAGGACUAGAAAACCCAGCUUUUGACAUGUCUGAUGAGAAACCAGACGAGUCGGGAGGAAGUCAGUCGGUAUCACAUGACGUCAACGUGUCCAAGGACCAGCUGGUGACUCAGGAGGGUUCUCAGGAGGGUUCUGUUACCUGGAGGACCUACCACCAGUACUGUAAAGCUGCAGGAGGGUACAUACUACUGUCUCUCAUCAUCAUCAUCUUCAUCUGCUUGGUGGGGUCCACUGCCUUCAGCAACUGGUGGCUCAGCUACUGGCUGGAGCAGGGAUCAGGGACAGCGAACAUGUCGAAUUCCACCGCAGGAAACAUCUCCCUGAACCCUGACCUGAGCUUCUACCAGAUGAUUUACGGCCUGGUGGUGGUGGCCAUGCUGGUCUUCAGCUUCCUCAAGGGCUACUCUUUCACCAAAGUUACGCUGCACGCGUCCUCCAAGCUACACGACACCAUGUUCAGAAACAUCCUGAACAGCCCCAUGAGUUUCUUUGACACCACCCCAACGGGACGUAUGGUGAACCGGUUUUCCAAGGACCAGGAUGAGGUGGAUACCAUGCUGCCCUUCAACAUGGAGAACUUCCUGCAGUUCUGCCUGAUGGUCACCUACACCAUUGUCACCAUCUCGGCCGUGUUCCCUCCGUUACUCAUCGCCAUCACGCUGCUGGGAGCCAUCUUCACACUCAUACUCUA